AUGUGCUUGACGUCCAAAUAGUUGUUCACUGUUCGGGAAUCUGUGUAUUUCGUCUACUACUAGAUCCUCUGUAUAGCUCGCGACUGCAAUGUUUCAUCGUACCUCUGGUGUUAUUGCAGCACGAAUCAACGAUUUACCUAACACUUUGGCUUCCUCGAGGCCCGAUCGAAAUGGUCAUAUCUUUGAUACAUAAGCUCCCAAGGAAAAGUUAUCCGCUAUCUCCUCCCGACGUCUUGAGCCAUUGGUAACUCGUGCUGACCUGGACAACAGUAAGUACUUCAGUUUCAGUAACGGUGAGUGAUCCUUGGCAUUGAUUACUACUUGAAUUGUAAUCUACUAAGCGACACGCCGCAGGCAAGUUAGAAACCCAGAUCUUCAACACGGCAUCUGGACUCGUUGGGUCACUAGAACAUAGGCACAGCCGUACAGCGCACACGGGUGUACCUUUGAUCGCGUACUGACAAGGCUACAUACCACUGACUUUAUCGUAGAAUAGGCAGUUGUGAUCUCCUUCGAUCAGGUCAUACGUUCCAAGCAUGACUUCCGUUGAUCUCACGCAAUACAGCUAUGGCGUAUCCUAUAAUCCAUCAAGCACCACCACUACAGCACCUCGUAAUGCCAAAUCAUCAAUCCAAACUCUGCAGCAAAGCAGCUCUGUGGCAUAUAUCCGUCUCCAAUGGGUUGACCUCAUUAACAACAUCCGAUUCAGGGUCAUAUCUAAGAAGUACUUUAUCAAACUUCUGGAGAGUUCUCGCUCAGGUGUUGGUCUUACGAACGCAUCUCUGGGACUAGUGUUUCUUGCAACUGCUCCCGAAUUUGGUUCUUCUAGAGAGUAUCUCUAUGUGCCCGACAUUUCGAGUUACCAGAUUUGCCCUUGCGCGCCUGGCCACGCCAGUAUCAUGGGUUUCUUCCAAGAGAAGAUGUUGUUGCUGAAUGGAAGUUUGAGUGUUCCCCUCUGUCCUCGUACCUUGCUUCAGAAAACCGUGAAUGAUGCUAAAGCGAAGUCUGGAAUCUCCUUCCUGGUGGGCGUUGAAUCAGAAUUCAUUCUCUUGAAGGAAACGUCGCCGAAAGUGGUAGCUGUCAACCGUGGAGAUUGGUCGGCAUCAUCGAAGCUACCAUCUGGUGCUGUUGAGUCUGUUGUCCUGCAAGAGAUCGCCGAAACCCUCCAGGAGGCCGGUAUCGAGCUUCAGAUGUAUCACGCUGAAGCUGCCUCCGGACAGUAUGAAUUAAUUACUGGACCACUAUCGCCUGUUGAGGCAGCGGACGCUCUCAUCUUCACCCGCGAGACCAUCUAUAAUGUCGCCAGCAAGCAUAAGCUGCGGACAAUUUUCGCUCCGAGGUUGCAUAGCGACAGCUGUGGAAGUGCUGCCCACAAUCAUAUCUCUGUUCACUCGGAUAAACCUAUCGCCAUACGAGCUGAGGAUGCUAAGCUCGCACAAAGCUUGAAUGCUCUCGAGCGAUCCUUCUUGCAGGGUGUCCUGUCUCAUCUUGCCAUCUGCGCACUCAUCCUUCCAACGACCUUCUCGUACGGAUGGUAGUCACGAUUAUCGUCUUGGCAUUCCCGACCACACCAAACCCUUCUGCCGCAGACAUGAACUACACAGUCGCGGUAUUUGGUGGAAUCAUAAUUCUCAGCGUGCUUUACUACUAUCUUCCCAGAUACGGGGUCUCUACUGGUUCAGAGGACCCAGAGCAAACAUCGAUGCGUAUCAACAUCGGAAUAAUAACAACGGUAGAGUGUCCGUCGUCGAGAUCUUCGAGAACGAGAAGGAAAAGCGCGUUCGGGAGGAAAACAACUAGUUGGUGUUCACCGAAGGGGCCGACUUUUCGAUUGCAUCUUCCAAGACGCCCUUUGAUUUCUGUCACAAGAAGUUUUCUGCGUAAGAUUUCGUCUACAGUGUAGAUGCGGUAUGCAUUUCCUAUCAUUCUGCGUUUUCACGACUUUCUUUCACAGUAGUUUGCGCUUGUAUCGUACAGUUUGCGAUAUUUGAUUUUACGGUGAUGCCUUCGUACUU